AUGUGGAAGCCUUCAGAGAGGCUGAUGGACACCAUCAGACAUUAUGCCAGCUUCCCCGCAACCGGCGUCUCGCUGAGGCAGAUGGUCCAAUUUGGUGACCGUCCCUCAACAGGUACCCUAUUCCGCGCCUCUCAAUUUCUCUCCGAGGAACUCCCGAUCCGUCUCGCGCAUCGCGUUCAGGAUCUUGGUGAGCUGCCAGAUGGACUCAGUGAGAUGCCAUCGAUCAAAAAAGUCCAGGACUGGUAUGCGCAGUCAUUUGAGGAAAUCAUCGCUCUUCCUCGCCCCACCCUGACUCAAGAAGUGAAAGCACGCCUAUUACGACCAGGCCGGAUGAACGGCGGCCCUUCAAAAAUCCUCUCUGAAACAACCCAAAACCCCAGCGUGCGUGAUGGACAGUACCGGUCAUCUGUGACCGCAGCCAAUGGAAAUGGCGUUGCAAAAGCGCACGCCGCCGCAGGCCGACGGUACUUUUUCCCCGCGGACGAUCGCGGAGACUGGCCCCCGGAACUCAAUGACUAUAACCAACGAUUCGCCAAGACCCUCCAACAGAUCAAGCGCCGCCACGACGGGGUUGUGACCACCGUCGCGCAAGGCAUCCUAGAAUGGAAACGUGCGCGGCAGCGCAUGCAGAUCGACUCGACAAUCCAGUCUUUCCUCGACCGGUUUUACAUGUCAAGAAUUGGUAUACGAAUGCUCAUCGGCCAGCACAUCGCACUCACGGAACAAACGCACGUCAAACACCCGAACUAUGUUGGAAUAAUUUGUACCAAGACCAACGUGCGCGACAUCGCCCUCGAGGCCAUUGAAAACGCCCGCUUCGUCUGCGAGGACUACUACGGUCUUUUCGAGUCGCCCAAGGUGCAGCUGGUCUGCAAGGAGGACUUAAACUUCAUGUAUGUUCCCGGGCAUUUAUCGCACAUGCUCUUCGAGACCCUCAAGAACUCGCUUCGGGCGGUCGUCGAACAACAUGGUGCCGAUAAGGAUGAUUUCCCCGUAACCAAGGUGAUAGUUGCGGAAGGCAAAGAGGACAUUACGAUCAAGAUCUCCGACGAGGGUGGUGGUAUCCCCCGGUCGUCGAUCCCUCUUGUAUGGACCUACAUGUACACGACAGUAGAGCAAACGCCCAACCUGGACCCUGAUUUCGACAAGAACGACUUCAAAGCACCAAUGGCUGGAUUUGGAUAUGGCCUACCAAUUAGUCGACUGUACGCACGGUACUUUGGCGGUGAUUUGAAGUUGAUCAGUAUGGAGGGCUACGGGACUGACGUCUACCUCCAUCUCAAUCGCCUGUCUUCAAGCUCGGAACCCCUGCAAUGA